GCAUGGCAGCCCAGCAGUCAGCGGCAGCACACUCUCAGCUCUGCUCUAUCCGCGGGUCGGUGGCGUGUUACCCACCCCUCCUGUGUGAGAGGAAAGAAAAGACACACCAAUGUCUCUACAGGCUUUGAUUGAAGAAAAAUUGACGACGGAGUUGACGCCGUCGCACAUUGAGGUUAUCAAUGAGUCCGGUAAUCACGGGGCUCGUUUGGGGGCAGAGUCGCACUUCAAGGUCAUCGUCGUCUCUACCAAGUUCGAAGGCAAGCCUCUUUUAGCAAGGCAUCGGAUGGUCAACGCCGCCCUCAAGGAGGAACUGGUUGAGGACAUUCACGCCUUGUCGAUGACAACGAGGACCCCAGCUCAGUGGGCUGCUGAGGGAGGGGACAAGGUCGAGCCUACCCCACCCUGCGCGGGGGGUUCAACGUCAAGAUGACAAAAAGUCGGAAACCCCUUAAUGAGGGGAGAGGGGGGCGACCUGCGGCGAAUGGGCCCUGGGCGGUAGCCUGUGCAGGACAGCCGGCAUGUUCCUGGAUUUGUUGAUGGCGCGUUCCACAAAAUUGGCAUUCACAAGAAGUGGUCCCAGAACGUUCGGGUGCGGUGAAAGGAGAACGAACAAGAGAACUCGGGGCGCUGCUUGACAAGGAUCGGCCACCCACGAUCUUCUUUUCAUCGGAAAGCCGUUGCAGUUUGGGUGGGCUAGCACGUGCAGCUACCGUGGACCUUCUACCGCACUCGUUGAGGGCCCUUCCCGAACUGCGGCAAGCAUCUCGCUCAAAGAAUUCGAUUUAUCCGAGCAGAUGUCGCCAUGUUUGACGGGCUUCUCCCCGGCCUUUGCUCAGUUUUCGGAAUGCAUAUCUGCUCAUCAAGCCGGUUGCCACGCUUGCUGCCGCGUGUGAUCACUGGCUUGUAGUUCGGCCAUUGCCGUCGCUAACUAUCAGAGGGGGUAUUGCAGAAAGAAGACUGAGCUGAUUGUUCGGGAGUGACGACGUUGCCUGAAUCUGUACAUCUCAAGUGUUGAUACGGACUGAGAUCACCGUGUAUUCGUGCUUUUUCGUUUUCCUAGGACGUGGACAGACGCCCGAUGCCAACGUCACACGCCCAACGGUAACAAGAUCGAUGCUGGUGCACGAUUACUUCGCUAGCUCUAUCCGCCGUGUCACGUCUAGAACAGACAAGACCCUGUGCGCACGGUGUAAGCGUUGAAAACAGCAGCUUUCUCAAUGACACACUAGAGACGGUACCAGUGAACCAGAUGACUUCACACGAUGCUGCCUAGAAUUAUUCAUAUUCACUGCCCGAGAAGCCUCUCAGAAAGUAAGGUCCACAACGUUCAUAUAUUUUGCACGUUGCCGGGCGGCCACUGUACACAGCAGGAUGGUGAACUGGCCGUUGUACUU